AUGAAAAAUCUUGAUAAGCCUUAAAUUUAUUCUUGUAUACAUUUUUUAAUUAAAUUUAGCAAUAAUGUUGUGGGUAAAUUUGUAAAGUAACGUCAUUUAACUAUUUUUACAGAAUAUUCUUCAAUUCCGAUGAAAAUUUUAAUGGAUUAGUUUACAAAUAUGUUUAUUCAAAUAAGUUCUAUUAGAUAAUCUUCUUAGGUUGGUUCAUUAUUAAAUUAUAAAAUUGAAUAGAGACUUGGUUCUUCUUUUAAUCUACUGAAUAAUUUGAUUUCCUUAUAUAAUAAAGGUUUUUAGUUUACAAUCAGAUAUAAAAAUAUAGGAAAUCAAAUUAGUAAUCAUCAAUCUUUCUAUCAUAAAUAAGAUAACAAAGAUAAUAAAAUUGAAAUCUAUAAAUUUUUUAAUGAUAAUAAAAAACCUAAAUCUAAAUCAUUGUUAAGGAUUUACUCAUACAUAAAAGUUAAAUGCAAAAAUCAAAAUCUAAAAAAUCUAGAAAUUCCAACCAAAGAUAAAAUGAAAUCUAAGACAUAAAAGGAAAUCUAUAAGAAUUACAUUGCCAAAAGAGAGUCUAAUGGAUCAAAACCUAUAGAGACUCAAGUUAUUACAACCUCUCUACUUAGGGAAUUAGGAUAUUCGUAUCAAGUUGAACGACAAAAGUACGUUAUCCCAAUAAGCCCUACUCUAAAUGCUCAUGAAUAAGAGUAAUGAACAAAAAUCAGUUGAACCAAGAGAUUCACCAGAUAUAUGUGGAACAUCAUAACAUAAUAUGCUGCAAUCUACUAUUCAAAAUAGCUUACUUAUACGAUCAGGAAACCAAGGAAAUGUUGCUAGCAUCUCAAAAUUAAAUUCUAAAAUGCCUGAUUCAAAGCUUAAUAAAAUUAAAAAUUAUCUUGAAUAACCUAAAAACCAUCGACCAAUCACUGACUCUUAUAAAUUAAGCCAGGAAAUUGAUCAAUAAAAAAAAUAAACUAGUUUAAGUUGAAAGAAAUAAACUUCUAUCCCUCCUUAAAAGUGCAUAUAGAGCUGAAAAUAAAAUAGAUCGAUUUAAUUAGUAUUUAUAAUAAUAAGAAAAAAUGUCAUCUGGAAUCGAGAGUUUCAUUUUAAAUGAAUGUAUUUAUUCCAUUUUAUUUUAGUAUCACCUAAAAAUAAUAUUGAAUCAAUCUUAUCUUUAGAAUGA